ACCAGCUUCGUCAUUCUUUGGCGCUGUGUUUUGCGAGCUUUCCAUCUUGGUUGCGUUUUGCAUUUUUUUACUCGAGAGUUCUUCUUUGAUAUUUCCGGAUCUCUCUGAAAACAGCUGAAACCCCGUUACUCGCCAAACGAAGAGAGAAAAAGACAAAACAAAUAGUCAGCGCACGUCGCCAUGAGUUUUCCUGGAAUGACCUCGCCCGUGGGCAUGGGUGGUGCCGGGGGUGCUGCCAUGCCUGGGAUGAGUGAGCAAGAGCAGAUGAUGGUCAAGUCGAUGCAAGCCGCCAUGGAGUCGUGUCCGGUGAAGACCGUGAUGGCCGGCGGUAUGGGUUUCGCACUUGGUGGUGUGUUUGGCUUGUUCAUGGCCAGUAUGUCCUACGAUUCCUCCUUCACCCCACAAGGCAAAGCCAUCAUGGACCUCCCCUGGAAGGAGCAAGUCCGCCGCGGCUUCAAGGACAUGGGGACCCGCUCGUGGUCGUCGGCCAAGAACUUCGGUAUCGUGGGUGCGCUUUACUCGGGCACGGAGUGCUGCAUCGAGGGCCUGCGGGCUAAGAACGACCUCACCAACAGCGUCAGCGCUGGGUGCAUCACCGGUGGCAUUUUGGGCGCCAAGGCUGGGCCUCAGGCUGCGGCUGCUGGGUGUGUUGGUUUUGCGGCGUUCAGUGCUGCUAUUGAUGCUUAUAUGCGGAUGCCGUCGGAGGAUGAUUGAACUGCUAGAGUGGUGUGAACCAAUCCUUUUUCUUGCAUGAAUGGGAUUGGUGGUGAAGAUGACUGUAAGAGAUGUGGAAAGGGGCUGAUUGUCUGAUUAUACAUUGGCACGGCGUUGACUUGUUUUGGGAUAGAAGUGGCAGCAUUGUGGCGUUAUGGGUGUUUAUUUUCUGCUGGGGUCUGCUUUGGCUGGCUCUGGCUUUCUGGCUCUCAACCUUAUAGCUAAUAGGUUUGAGGGCUGGUUUUGUUGUGUUGGUUUGCACAUGGGACUCACAACUCUUCUGUAUAGUAUCUUGUUACAUAUUAGAUUUAGAUGUACGCACAAACAAGUGAUCUUUG